AUGGGUGUUGAAUACGAAGUAACGAGGAUUAAAAAACAAUUGGAGAAGGCAUUAAAUCGUGAAAUUGUGGAUAAUGAAUUUAUAUUGGAUUUACUAACUAACCUGAAGGAUUUAAAGAUGACGUUAGAAAUUUUACAGAAAACACGUGUGGGCUACCAUGUUAACAACGUACGCAAGAAAGCUGAUAAAGAAGUGGUUAUCAAUCUUGCAAAAUCACUCAUUAAAGAUUGGAAGAGAUUAUUACCAGACUCGAAAAAGAAUGAAGCAAAAGAUAAAACCGAUAGCCGUCAAAUGGAUAAGGAUAGUCAGGAUCUUAUCCAACAGUCGGAAAUAAAUCCUAGUCUAAUGGUAGAAGAAAAAGACAACACGACCGUUCAUCAAAGUCACAACAAUGAUAAGGAUAUGCAAGUUUUAAGUUCUGGCAAUCCAACUAGAGACCUUAGUCGAAAACUUCUUAUCGGUGCCCUUAGUCGCGACGGCUUGAAUAAAGCCAUUUUCAAAGAGUUAAAAGGUCCAAAUAUGAAAUAUAAAAAUCGUGUUCGCAGUCGAAUUUCAAACUUAAAAGACUCGAAGAAUCCAAAUUUGUGUCAGAAAGUCUUAUCUGGUAUUAUCACGCCAGAACAGAUUGCUAAAAUGACCGCUGAGGAAAUGGCAUCUGAUGAAAUGAAGAAACUCCGACAAGGGUAUGCCAAAGAAGGUAUUCGAGAUGCCCAGAUGGCUGUCACUCAAGGCACAAAAACGGAUUUACUAACUUGUGGCAAAUGUCAUAAAAAGAAUUGCUCUUAUAACCAGAUGCAAACAAGAAGUGCUGAUGAACCAAUGACAACCUUCGUCUUUUGUCAUGAGUGUGGACACCGUUGGAAGUUGUUGGUCAGUUCUUACAUGUCUUUAUUUGGGAUAGUGACUUAA